AGAUCACAUCUAAACGCAAAAUAAUCCCGAAAGGCAGAAGAAGAAGAAGAAGAAGAAAAGCCAAAGCUUGUGGUGAUCAAUAAGAUAUAAAAAUUCAGAAAGUAAGAAAUAAACGCAGAUUCUUGGGCUUUCUAGUUGGGAAAAGAUGGAAAUCGGCACCGGAGUUGGGGAGGAAAGGUGGUCUCUCAAGGGAAUGACGGCUCUGGUCACCGGCGGCACCCGAGGCAUCGGGCAUGCGAUAGUGGAAGAACUGGCGGGACGUGGAGCCGCCGUUCACCUGUGCUCGCGAAACCAGGCGGAGCUGGAAGAAUGCUUGCGAAAAUGGAGAGGCGAAGGGCUCAGCGUGACGGGCUCUGUGUGCGACGUGGUGUCGAGAACGCAGCGGGAGAAGCUCAUGGAAGAAGUCUCCGACGUCUUCGCCGGAAAGCUCAAUAUUCUUGUAAACAAUGCUGGAACUGUUUUCAUGAAGGAUGCCACAGACGUGACUGCUGAAGAUUAUGCCCUUCAGAUGGGCACAAAUUUUGAGGCCUCUUACCACUUAUCUCAACUUGCACACCCUCUCCUCAAGGCUUCUGGAAAUGGAAGCGUUGUGUUUAACUCUUCUAUUGGCGGUUUGGUUGCAAUGCCAAAAUCUUCUGUUUAUGCAGCUUCAAAAGGAGCAAUGAAUCAAUUGACAAGGAACUUGGCAUGCGAGUGGGCGAAAGACAAUAUUCGUGUAAAUUGCGUCGCUCCAGGAUUCAUUACAACCACUAUUGUGGAUCCAGCUGUACAAGCACCUUUUAUCAGUCGAGUUCCAGCGGGCCGGCCGGGACGGGCCACUGAGAUUUCACCAGUAGUGGCAUUUCUUUGCUUCCCCGCUGCUUCGUACAUCACUGGGCAAGUCAUUGCCAUUGAUGGCGGCUUUACUGCAAAUGGUUUCACUGCUACUGAAUACUAAUUAAAUACAAGGACAUCAUUGUUCGUCGUCAAGAGAGCUUCUUGUUGCGUGGGAUUUGAGACACUCAAACCCAUAAUGAAUUGAUAUGUGUCUGAACUUUGCCUCCUUUUCUUCUGCAUCAUCCUCUACACUUGUCAUCAUGUCAACAAGUUCGGUUUUCUAUACGUAUAUGUUUAGUUUAUUCUCUACAUCUUUGUGGAACUUUGCAUCCGUGUAAACUCAGUCGCUCCAGGAGUCAUUCAGAUCUUAUUUGUGGAUGAAGCACUAGUAUGAAUUGUCUCCUUCGUAUAUCAAUACUAAAAACAAAAGUUUAAUUUAUUAUGCCAAA